AUGGAGCUAUUCAGGCCCCCGAUGCUCCUUCUCGCUCUGGGUGUCUCUGACCUCCACAGCCUGCCCUGGUUCAUGAAUAUCUCUGAGAGCCUGGGCCCUGGCACUGUCCUUGAGUCUUUCUCCUUCAACUGCUCCUCCUCCACACCCACCCUGGAGCUGCUUUAUGUGCAGCCACCCACCACCUUCUUCAACCCACCCAGCCUCAGAAGGCAAGGCUCCUCCUAUGUGGGCAAGGUAACCCUCAGCAGCUCAGUUCGGCUUGAUGCUCUAGCAGUAAACCACUACAAACUGCAGCUGCGAUUCCAGUGUGGCAUCCGAGUGAUUGAGGGGCCGCUCUUUUUGGAUGUGCAGCGGGACCCCAGCCAUGUCCAGUGCGCCGGCCGAUUUGCCAGCCCAGCUGGGGAAAUCAUUGAGGUGCCAGAGACAGUCGCACCAGGGGCCCGGCUGUACACUCUGCUGCUCCCGGGCCUGGAACUCCAGGGAGCUCAGAUGAGCAUCACCAGUGCCCAGGACCCUUCACACUUCCCUGGAUCUUUCUCCAUCAAUCAGCAGGGCUGGCUGCAGGCGCCAGCCCAGGGCCUCAAAGGCCAGGCUCAAAAGGUCUUCCAGUUGCAGAUCUCAGUGACCUUUGGACAGGGCCAAAACUGUCAGGGGAUGCUGACAGUGAAGGUUCUGCCUAGUCCCUCCAGUCAAGUCUCCUUCCAGGAGCCGGCCCAGAACAUCACCAUCCUGGAGAACCUAGUCCCCGGAAAAAAAGUGGUUCAGGUACGGGCCCGGGGCUUCCAUGUGCGCUACGAAAUCGUCUCUCCGGUGCCCUGCCCGUUUUACUCCAUCGGACAUGCCGACGGCGUGGUCCGCCUCACCGCGCCGCUGGAGUUAGCGCGGGUCCCAGAUGCGAAGGUCACCAGGCUGAAGGUGAAGGCCUUUGAGCGACUCCGGCCGUGGGCCAGCGCCGAGCUCGAUCUCACCGUCAACGUGCGGUCGGCUAACCGCUGGCCCCCGCGUUGCCUCCCGGCGCUGCUCGUGACUCAAAUCCCUGAGACCGCACCCGUGGGCACUGUGCUGAACACCCUCACUUGCACAGACCCUGACUCAGCCGGCGCCACCCUCGACUAUCAGUUGUGGUUCCACAGCCCUCCCGGCCCGGCUAGCCUCUGCCUUCGCGACAGGGUCCUGGAGGUGAACACCACACUGGACUGUGACACUCCAGCGGCGUGUUUCCAGCAUACAGCCUCCAUUCUGGUGUUUGAUGAUGGUCAGCCCCUGAUGACCACUGAGGUGCCAGUACUGGUGACGGUGACACCCAUCAAUGAGUUCUCUCCAACCUGUGCCCCACGCACGUUCCGGGUUCGUGAGGAUGCAAGGCCCCACACACUGCUGGGCUCUGUGGUGGGCAAGGACAUGGAUUACCCACAUGACAGCAUUGAGUACUAUGCCUCUGGUGGGCCUGCCACCUUUACUGUGGACCGUCUCAGUGGGGAGGUUCGCCUCCUGGGGCCUUUGGACUAUGAGCAGCAGAGGAUGUACAGGUUCACUGUCCAGCUUAUUGACCAUGGCCAGGACCAGGACCCCACCUGCCACCGCUCAGGCUCCUGCACCAUUACGAUCGAAGUUGAGGAUGUGAAUGACCAUGAACCUGAGUGUGAGCCCCCAUUCCAGGAACUCACCAUCCACACACCCCCGGGCCGUAGUGUGGAGGUGACCAAGGUGUCAUGCCGGAUCCCCCAGGAGCCACAGCGCCUCACCUUCUCCUAUAGCAUUGUGGGAGGGAAUACCCAGAGCCGGUUCAGCCUGCAAGGCGCCAUCCUGGUGCAUAAUGACCCUGUUCCGGGGCCCCCCUGGUCACAACAGCCCCACACCUACGAGCUUUUGAUCCACGUGGCUGAUGCAGGGCCCUCCAUCCCCCACCUCAGCACCACAGCCACCAUCAUUGUGCAUCUAAUUCCCUGGAGGGCCAGCACAGUGGCGACCAGCAGCCACAGAACCACAAUGCCCUCACCGAUGACACCCCUGCUUGUGACAGACACAGAGGCUUUCUGGCAGCCAGAGCCCUGGUUUGUGGUGGUGCUGACAGUGACUGGUGCCCUUCUCCUCUUUGCUCUGGGCUGGCUCCUCAUGGGGGUGGCCCAGCUGUUGCACACACCAAACAAACCAGCCCAGGAUCUGCUGCUGAACAGCAUCCAGGAAGCUGAGGGGUCCAUUGAGGGGUUCAUGGAGGCACCAAGGAUAGAGACACCCCAGGCACCCAGCAGCAUCAUGAGGCUGCAGCCUUUUGAUGGCAGCACACAAGACCUCUAAUCAAGGAACUUUGCUGUGCAUUUGAGCCAGGCCUCAGAGGACUUGCUGAGAUGAGGAGGGAAGAAGAGGACAAGCUGGAC